AUGACAUCAUCUCUCAACUAUCUAAAUCGUUCACAUUACGAGAAGUCACUCAAACACAAAAAAUUUUUAGGAAUAGACAUCCGGCAAGAAUCUGGAAAACUUAUACUCAGUCAAGAAAACUAUAUAACUAAAAUCUUAAAAAACUUUGAAAUGGAUGAAUGUAAACCUAUCAAGACUCCAGGAAUAUUGGGUGAAAAUCUUGAUGACAUAGCAUCUUCACCACCUGUGUCGAAGACAAAAUAUCAAGAAGCAUUAGGUUCAUUGAUGUACUUAGCAACAGGCACAAGGCCAGACUUAGCUUUUGCAGUAAGUAAUUUGUCAAGAUAUAAUCAAGAUCCCAGAGAGAAACACUGGAAAGCUGUAAAGAGGAUAUUUAGAUAUAUUAAAGGAACACAAAAUACUUGUUUAGUGUAUACUUCAGACAAUGGGAAAUUAAAUGCUACAUCAGAUGCAAGUUGGUGUACCACUGAAGAUGGAAAAUCAUUUGGAGGUUAUUUCAUUAAAUUAGGCAAAAAUUUCAUAAAUUGGAAGUGCAACAAACAAAGAAUAGUUGCUCUAUCUACAAUGGAAGCUGAACUUUUAGCAUUCUGCGAAUGUGCAUGUGAAGUUAAAUGGUACAUCUUUUUACUUGAAGAAUUGGGUCAAGAUGAUCUAAUUGACAAACCAAUAGGAAUUAAAACAGACUGUCAAGCAUUAAUAGAUUGGAUUAAAAAAACCAAAACAAAGUAG